AUGGCGGCGACCAAGACGUGGUUUGCGAGUCGGGUAACCCCCGACUCGCACUACCCUACCAGAAUAACGGCGAGCCUCUCGUCGUUGGAUUUCGGAAGCAUGAUUGGGCCUGAGGCCAUAAAUAUCAACAAAACAAUCACUUCCCCCCCUGGCGCCAGCAUGAUCAGCAUGGAAGUUGAUGUGUUGUCCAAGCGCCUAAUCAUUCUUUUCCCGCUCCAAAUCAAAGUGGCAGCCAACGAGUUCAUCACGCGAGAGUACAGACUCUUCGCCGAGAUUUCUCAUGUCAAGACCAUAUUUCACGUUGGCAGAGAAGAGGACCGAGAAAUACUCGUCCUUCCGUUCAACCAACCUCCGCAAUAUUUCUGGAAGACAUAUAACCUACCACCAAAUACCGCUUUUGCCCGCAACCUACCAGACGUUUGGAGAAGGGCUACAGACAUCACAGAGGACGCCACAGUGGAAAUGAAAUACCCCGUUUCCUUGAACAACACCAAAUCGGACCCCGCCUACUUGGAAGUUGGUCGUUGGACUGCCAUUCGCGUUGCCCUCAACACCACAGACGAGCUCACAAGGCGAGCUAUCGGAUACCUGAAACUGGCCUUGGAGGACCUCAACGUAAAAUUUCAGUUCUGUGAGGAAUUUCAAGUCGACACUUCCACAACUACCAUGUGGGAUUUUCUCGACCAUCCCCAGGCCAACGAUCAAGGGGACGCACUGGCUCUACUGCAGCCUUCAAAAUUUCCCUUUGUCCACCUAGAUUUUGGUGUUCGAUAUCAGCUCGAAGUAUGCGUCGGCCGUAGGGUGCUCAACGAGCACACCAUAUCCUUAGAAUUCCUCCAGAAACUGGCUGCACUUGACCCUCUUGACGCCAAACGCAGGCUCGAGUUCCUCCUGGACAAUGGCGAGGUCAUGUAUAAUCCUCAAGAACUCUUCACAUGGUCUGCCGCUGCAUCAUAUGUACCCAAUACAAGAAUCCCACACUACUGUGUGCUGGCACGAAAAGCUGCCAUUACCCCAACAAGCAUUCUAUUGAGCUCUCCCAUCGUCGAGACCUCAAACAGAGUUCUCCGCUACUUCAACCACAUUCAGGACCGCUUCUUAAGAGUGCAAUUUGUGGAAGAGAUGGAAAGUGGCCGCAUAGCCAUGACCUCUCGCAACAAAGAAGACGUAUGGAAAAAGAUACUCAGGACCUUGUACGAAGGCAUCCAAAUUGGCGAUCGCCGCUACGAAUUUCUGGCAUUUGGCAGUUCGCAACUCAGACAGUGUGGAGCUUACUUUUUCUGCCCAACGGAUCAUAUUUCCUGUGACGACAUUCGCCGGUGGAUGGGCGAAGUCGGCCACAUCAGAAUCGUGGCGAAACAUGCUGCUAGAUUGGGCCAAUGCUUCUCCACUACCAGAGAGAUGAGAGGUCUUCCCGUCCCGGACGUCCGACGUAUUCCUGAUAUCGAGAGGAAUGGUUACUGCUUUACUGAUGGAGUCGGAAUGAUAUCCGAAUUCAUGGCCCGAAUGAUCAUUGAAGAAAUGACACUGGAUGUUUACACCGAACCAACUGCGUUUCAAUUUCGCAUGGGUGGAUGCAAAGGUGUGUUGGUAGUCUGGCCACAGGCUAAGAAAGGAGAAGUCUAUAUUCGCGAGUCUCAGGAGAAGUUCAAGGCCGAUGUGAAGGGCCUUGAGAUUAUCAAAUGUGCCAAGUAUUCUUCCGCCACCCUCAAUCGACAGACAAUCACUAUUUUGGAGUGUCUUGGUGUUUCUACACCGGCUUUCUUAGCCAUCUUGGAGAAGCAGAUCAGCCUCUAUGAGGAAGCAAUGAAGAAUAACAAUGUGGCGGUGAACAUAUUGACAAAGUGCGUCGACGAAAACCAAUCUACCCUGAUCCUGGCAGAGUUGUUGCAAUCCGGGUUCAAGACAGACACUGUUCAAGAGCCGUUUGUGACCAAUUUACUUGCCCUUUGGAGGUCAUGGUCUUUGAAGCUGCUCAGGGACAAAGCCAGGAUUCCCAUCGAAAAGAGCGCCUUCGUCUUGGGCUGUGUUGAUGAGACAGGUAUUUUGAGAGGCCACUCAAAUGCGACAGAAGGCACUGUGGAUAAAGACAUCAACAAACUCCCCCAAAUCUUCUUGCAGGUGUCAGAUUCGAAAGUAUACGACCAGGCCAAUGCAAUCGAAGGAGUUUGCAUCGUUGGUCGGAAUCCAUCAUUGCACCCAGGCGAUAUCCGAGUGGUUGAGGCAGUCGACAUACCUGAACUUCACCAUCUAAAAGAUGUUGUCGUCUUUCCUUCAACUGGAGAUCGACCAGUCCCCAACAUGCUCUCUGGAGGAGAUCUUGAUGGCGACGACUUCUUCAUCAUUUGGGAGCCCACUCUGAUUCCUACCGAAUGGAACCACCCAGCCAUGAACUAUUCCAGCCCAUCGCCUGCGACACUUGACCGCGACGUCAAUGCCAAUGACCUACGGGACUUCUUUGUCAGAUAUAUGCAGAAUGAUGUGCUCCCGCUCAUUGCCACAGCUCACUUGGGGCUUGCAGAUUCCGAUGGACCCAAGUCGGACAUUUGUCUACGUUUGGCUGAGCUUCACUCACAGGCGGUUGACUACCCAAAGACUGGCGAACCUGCAGAAUGGAAUCCAGGUCUGCACAAUCCGAAAGAGUGGCCACACUUUAUGGACAAGAAGGUCUGUUACAAGUCGAAAAAAGCCUUGGGAGCGAUCUACAACAGAGUGAUCAAACAGUCCAUUCAGUUCCGGCCGGACUGGGAAAACGCCUUUGAUCAGCGAAUCCUAAAGCGAUUCCAGCUGGAUAACGCCAUGCUCAAGGAUGCCAGGAUAAUCAAAUCUCAGUAUGAUAUUGCAGUGCGCCGUAUUCUGUUGCAGCACAAACUGGAGACCGAGUUUGAAUUGUAUACCUCUUGGGCAAUGUCAAAACCAUCCGUUGGCAGCGAUUACAAGCGACAGGAAGAGCUCGGAAAGGAGUUUGAUGCAGUAAAGCAACGAUUCCGCGAAGCAUGCUUCGAAGCUGCCGGUGGCUACGACGAGGCCAAGAUUGACAAGUUUGUGGCAGCCAUGUACAAGGUUACAGAGGAGGAGAUUAAAAUUGCGCUUUUUGAGCACCACCGCGGGCCAACAAACGAGGCUGGGGUCAUCGUUCCAGAGCGAAAGCUUGAAGCCAAGUCAAUGCCUCUCAUCAGCUUCCCCUGGAUCUUUCCAUGGGUCAUGAUUCGUAUCGCAUCGGCAGGAAAGUGCAAUCCCAAGAAUUCCAUUCUUGCUGCGGCCCAUCAACGAGUGCCUGUCUCUUUGCCUCCCAUCACCAAAUUUGCUCAGGAGGCCAAUAUUGAUGCCAUUGAUCAACGCUCGAUGGCUGCUGUGGAAAAGUCCCAGAAGGACGCUAUGAGUGAUGCGAAGGAGAAUACAUUGGUUCGAUUGGAGCAUAAUGAGGCGGCGAAAUCGACUGUCAUGAUGGAUUUUGAUGGCUUUGACCAAUUUUAA